CGUGUGUGAAACAGUUCAGCAAGAGGAGGAGAAAACGUGAGGCACGUUUCUAAGUGCAAACAAGAUAAAUGAGCGUCCUGGCCCUUUAAGUCUUUCCAGGAGUUGUGUAGGGUAGAGCAGAUUGCACAGCAGCACACUCCCAGCUGCCGUUAACCCACCUGACAGCACAGCCGAGCGGAGCGGCGGACAGGCAGCAGCCUCUUGGCUCUCUUCGCAACACACCGCGUCCUGGAGGGGAAUGGGGGCCACCGAGCCUGCUUGCUAGCCACUUAGAUUUCCCAGAAGCGGAGAAGGCUCAAGGCCGGCUGACCAGCAAAAAUGGUAUCCUGGAUUAUUUCGAGGAUAGUUGUCCUUGCCUUUGGGACUCUCUACCCAGCGUACUCCUCAUACAAGGCUGUCAAAACGAAGAACGUGAAGGAAUAUGUAAAGUGGAUGAUGUACUGGAUAGUAUUUGCGUUGUUCACCACAGCAGAAACGGCCACAGACUUGCUCCUGUCAUGGUUUCCAUUUUACUUUGAGCUAAAGAUUGCCUUUGUCAUCUGGCUGCUGUCCCCGUACACCAAGGGCUCCAGCGUCCUCUACCGCAAGUUCGUCCACCCAACGCUCUCCAACAAAGAGAAGGAGAUAGAUGAGUAUAUUGCACAAGCCAAAGACAGGAGUUAUGAGACCAUGAUGAGGUUUGGGAAACGGGGCCUAAACCUCGCCGCUAACGCUGCCGUCACUGCGGCAACCAAGGGGCAGGGCGUUCUGUCAGACAAGCUGCGGAGCUUCAGCAUGCAGGACCUGACUCUCAUCAACGCUGAGGACGAGCUGGACCUGCACACCUCAGCUGCUCGCAUGAGACGAGACCCCAUGGAUGAGAUGAGCUCGGGGGCCAGCACGCUGCCCCGGGCCAAGAGUGUAGCCACAAGGCAAACCCGCUCUGUGGCAGCUGCAUCUCUCUCCGAUGACGCAUCAUCCCAGCACAGCUCUGACCAGUCGGACACGAGGACCGAACACUCUGAUGAUGACGUGGUGGACAGAGCGGCCAAGCGCAGCGCCAGCACCAAAGCGACCAAGAAACCUGUUGCUGUGAAGACAGAGGCUCAAACCAAGACAGUGAAGAAGCCUGUCAAGAAAAAGACAACAACUAACAAUGCAGAGACACCUCCAUGAGUCCUGCUGUCCACGUCCACUGGUCUACACUCACUCCACCCACAGCCUGCAGAGUCCCCCUUCCUCCUGUUUGGUCUUCACACAACCACAUCUACGCAUAUCUACCAAGCACUGAUUGUGUCAGUCCUGCUGGUUUCUAGAGAAAAGUAGAGUUUAAUUUUUAAUAGUAUCUGGCCAUUUUUAGUUCGUGUAUUUCUCUCACGCCUUUUAAGGUCCGUUUAUCUGAGAUUUUAAUGCUUUUAUUUUGGGGCAAAAAUGCUUCUUUGGACUUGUAUAACCAGCUGAGAUCUCAUUAGUUUUGCUUCUGAUUGAUGCUGUCUCUCUAAAUAAUUGCCAAAAGUUUGCCACUAAAUGUUUUGUUCUUCACUUUUAUGUCACCUAGAUGUGAAUUUACUCUGGAUGUUUUCCAAGCCUUGCUAGUGGCUGUUAAUGGUCAUCUAGAAACUUUGUGAUAACGGUAGAAAUCCUCUGAAAGGCUCGCAACUGGAGCUCAGACAACAAAAAACAAAUUAGUGUUUCAUGCCUGAGGUUUGUGCUUAGGAGUAAGAGGAAGGCAGGAUCAAAUCUGAGAUGUGUAACAUCAUUUGUUAGUGUCUGAGGACCUGCCACUCCUGACUCUUGAAGCUGUCUACCUCUAGUCCACCGUAAAAGCCUCACUUCUUUUACCUUUUUCACAUUUUACUUUCAUUCCAACAUCCUGGACUGAUUUUUGCAAUGGUUAAAAUGUGGUCUUCCCUUCAUUAAGCGUUUCCAUACCUCUGAGUGAGUCUGGCUCUGUUACGUUCAGGUCUCAGUUCAGGAGAGUCCUUAUGUGACCAUCAGGUCGGGUACAGUGCAGGUGAAGAAGUGGCUUGUUUAUUGAUGGCUUAGGAUCUUUCAUUUAGACACCACUCUUAGCUCGUACUAAGGUUGUAUAUUUAAUUUAUUACAUUUUUAUCUGUAUCUGCUGGUCAUGUGACAUUAGUAAUAAAUAUAAGUUUGCUGUCACUGAGUGAUUAUAACUCUCAUAAAUAAGUACUGUAGAUCCCAGAUGAGAUAAAAAUACUUCUCAUUAGUAAUGACUGCAUAUUUAUGUUCAGUAUUUUAAUUUAAAUUGAAGUUCUGCAAUUUCUCAUCAUUUCUGUAACUCAGCUGUGCAAUGACACAUUUCUACACCUUGCUGUAGAAGCUGAGGCAAAGCAAAGUGGUUUAAACGUAUUAAAGGUCAUAAGUGGCCUGUAAGAAAUAAUUUUCUUACCCUGGUGGUAGUUUCACGUGUUUGGAGGGAGAGUUGGACCAGGCUGUGGGUGUUUCUAAGCAAACAGGACUUGUGGCUGCCUGCCACUGGGCUGGGCCUGGUUUCCUCUGAGUGCACUAAAGCAUGAGACUGUGCUCAUUGCUGCUGUCUGCAGUGUGAUACCAAUAUCAACCAGUAGGGGGAGACAAACUCCACCUCAAUUGUUGGUCAAGUUGCUAAAUAACUUGUAAACAUGUAAAUAGUAACUCGACUGUACAUACAGGAUGAGCUUGCUUGCCUUAUUCAUUCUCUGGGCUUAAAUACGUUGAGCUUAAUUUAUUUUUAUUUUUUUUGUGUGUGGAUUUUUGUUUUAUGCAUCUUACUGUUGGCAACUCAUAUGCUGAGAGCAAAACUGACUUUUUUUUUUUUUUUUUAACUACUUUAAUAUUUGUCUCAAUCACUAAUUAAGGAGUCUGCAGAUCUUGCCUGUACAUUCACAGCCUGAUGUGUUCUCUACCUACAAAUAUUUUAAAAUCUGCCGCCCCCCCCCCCCCAAAUUAGCUCUGAGGUGUCACAUGAUUUAGAGUCCACUUUUUACUAAACUAUAAGUAAUAAGAUGCAGCUCUGUAUUUUAUCUUAGUUUUCCUUUUUGGGGUGGGGGGUGGUAUUUAUUGUAAUUAUUUUAUGUUUAAACUCAGUAUUCUGUAUGGGGAGUUCACUUGUAUCUUGUUUUGUGCCACUUGUCAAAAAUUAGUUUCAAAAAGGAAAUGGAGUGUGUGUG